AUGGUUCUUCCUAUCAAAUUUAGUGGGAGACGUAAGUAUUAUCCAUUUUUGCCAAGAUUUAGUGGUAAAGGAAAAAAGAAAGAAUCAUUGGCAGUUGAUCUUAGUUCACCGGGCUCUGUAAAUGUACCUAAAAAUGUUGUGAUUGUCAUGAAUGGUCUUAAGGAAUUCACAACCGAGCUGCUGGAGUGGGUGCUCGAGAAUGUUAGUGCCUCGGGUCAUAUUGUCACGCUCGUCGGUUUCAUGCCGUGGUUAAAUAUCCCUCUGUUUUCAAAGACAUGGCAAGAUGUAUGGAUGUUGGAGUUUGAGCAUUUGUCUUUAAUAAAAGAGAAAAAUGAGUGGAAAAAUGAUGCCAAAUAUAUAAAGUUGCAAGCAGUGAUGGACCUUUGUAAAAGACAUGGGGUUACAUUACAAAAGGAAAUUGUAAUGGGUUAUCCAUUGCCAUCGCUUGUUGUCGAAAGAAUCAUUAACCUUCGAGCAUCUUGGGUUGUUUUUGAUUGCGACCGAAAUUUGAGAAAGAAGAGGGCAUACUUUGCUAAAAAAAUACCUUGCAACAUGGUAAUGAUGAGCGAGGAAGGCGAUAUGGACAUGAUCAAAGGUCGUCCGAUGAUCGAUAGCGGAGAGCACACUCCGAGUGAAUCCCCAGCCUGGUUGGCUACUCCGGUGGUUAUAUUUUCGGAACCUUUGAAGCGAAUUCUGGAAGACCAAGAAUUCGAAAAAGACGACGACGAUUAACUCCUUUUCUUUCAAUCAUCGAUGAUGGCGGACCGUAGAAAAAAACCAC